UGCACGUUGCGUGUGGUUUCGUUUGGCUCCGACCCCGCAUACUGCGUGUCCCGCUUCCCCCGGCAAAUACUCGUAUUCAAAGUUAAGCGUGCCACAAAUUCGCAUCACAUCGCAUAAUGAAAAUCAAAGUACAUAAAUAUAAAAUUAAAUGUCGUAAAUAAAGAGAAAAUAAUAACGUUACGAGUACAUAUAUAAAAUAAAUGUAUAUGUGAUUGUGCGACGACGAGACCCGCGAGACAACGAGUAAAACGCAAAAUUUAAGAAACGUGCCACAUUAAAUAUUUAAGAAUCUGCAGAAGAUACUUUGGAGAGCUGAGAAAAGGAGGAGAAAUCUCCAACUGCUGGUUCCGCAAUCAAUGUCAGCCAAGUGAAGCCUAAGGAAGCCAAUUCCAGCCCCCCAGUGCCAACAUGUACGGUCUGCUCUUGGAGAAUCUCUCCGAGUACAUCAAGUCUGUGUAUGGCGAGGACAAAUGGGAGGAUAUCAGGCGGCAGGCGGGCAUCGAUUCGCCCUCAUUCAGCGUGCAUCAGGUGUAUCCCGAGAAUCUACUGCAGAAACUGGCCAAAAAGGCCCAACAGGUUUUGGGUGUCUCUGAACGCGAAUUUAUGGACCAAAUGGGCGUCUAUUUUGUGGGCUUUGUGGGUCAAUAUGGCUAUGAUCGUGUGCUGUCCGUCUUGGGUCGUCACAUGCGUGACUUCCUCAACGGCUUGGACAACCUGCACGAGUACCUGAAGUUCUCGUAUCCCCGGAUGCGUGCGCCCAGUUUCAUCUGUGAGAACGAGACCAAGCAGGGUCUCACGCUGCAUUAUCGCUCGAAGAGGCGCGGCUUUGUCUACUACACCAUGGGACAGAUCCGAGAGGUGGCCAGAUACUUCUACCACAAGGAGAUGCACAUUGAACUGGUGCGCGAGGAGAUACUCUUCGAUACGGUGCACGUUACCUUUCAGCUGACCUUUGAUAAUCGCGCGUUUACCUUGGCCUCCCUGGCCAUGACCCGCGAGGAGAAGCACUUGCCAAUUAGUGCCCAUGUGCUGUUCGAGAUCUUUCCAUUUUGCAUUGUUUUUGGGGCUGACAUGGUGGUGCGCAGCAUUGGCAACUCUCUGAUGGUCAUCCUGCCCGAACUGUUGGGCAAGAAAAUAACGGCCUGGUUCGAUUUGGUUCGUCCGCUGAUUGCAUUCAAAUUUCAAACUAUACUCAAUCGCACCAAUAACAUAUUCGAAUUGGUCACUGUGGAUCCGGUGACGGAGCGCAUGGACGUCCAAAAUGAUGAUUUGCUCUUGCACGAUGAUGGCAGUGAACCGGAGAAGUCAUUGAGAUUGAAAGGUCAAAUGGUUUACAUGGAGAACUGGCGCAUGAUCAUGUUCCUGGGCACACCCGUCAUGCCGGAUUUGACCUCCUUGAUAACCACAGGACUCUACAUCAAUGAUCUGUCCAUGCAUGACUUUAGCAGAGAUCUCAUGCUGGCGGGCACUCAACAGUCGGUGGAGCUGAAGUUGGCCUUGGAUCAGGAGCAGCAAAAGUCCAAGAAGCUGGAGGAAUCCAUGCGAUUGUUGGAUGAGGAAAUGCGACGUACCGAUGAGCUGCUGUAUCAGAUGAUACCCAAACAGGUGGCAGAUCGUCUCAGGCGUGGCGAGAAUCCCAUUGACACCUGUGAGAUGUUCGACAGCGUCUCCAUACUCUUCUCGGAUAUUGUUACCUUCACGGAGAUCUGCAGUCGCAUCACGCCCAUGGAGGUGGUCUCCAUGCUAAAUGCCAUGUACUCCAUUUUCGAUAAGCUGACGGAACGCAAUUCGGUGUACAAGGUGGAAACGAUUGGCGAUGCGUAUAUGGUGGUGGCUGGGGCACCCGACAAGGAUGCCAAUCAUGCGGAGCGAGUCUGUGAUAUGGCGCUGGAUAUGGUGGAUGCCAUAACCGAUCUGAAGGAUCCCUCGACCGGUCAGCACUUGCGGAUACGUGUGGGUGUGCACUCUGGUGCCGUUGUGGCUGGCAUUGUGGGUCUGAAGAUGCCUCGCUAUUGCCUGUUCGGCGACACUGUGAACACCGCCUCGCGCAUGGAGUCCACCAGCAUUGCCAUGAAGGUGCACAUAUCCGAGUCCACGAAAAUCCUCAUUGGGCCCAGCUACAAGAUCCUGGAGCGCGGCGAGAUCGAUGUGAAGGGCAAGGGCACCAUGGCCACCUACUGGCUGGAGGAGCGCGAGAAUCGUCUGCCUCUGCAGUUGGCCACUGGCCUGCUGAUGCAUACGAUGACGCCCAGCGCCAAGGCCAUAAUGCCGGCGCCCUCCAAGCCAGUGACGCCCAUGGCGCCUCCCCUGCCUGCUUCAGUUCCAGUUGCAGUUCCAGGCCCGCCAGUGGAGCAUGCGGCUGCCAGCAUGUCGGGUGUGGUACUGACAGCCGCGAAUACUGUGGCAGCAGCGGCACACUUGACGCAUCAGCAUCAGUCGUCGGCAGCAGCUGGCGCAGCACAUGGAGACGACCGCAGCAGUCGCAUCUACUCGCCGGUGACCUUCAAGGAUGUGGCACGACGCAGCAUCGCCAAUUCGCCGGUGCGACACAGCGGCGGUUACUCGUAUACCGAUCAGGAGAAGCGACGCGAUUCCCGCUCCAAUUCCACGGGUCAUGUCUUCAUGCGCUCCCCCUCGGACAUUUUCGGCUCGCUGAUCCUGGACACCGAGGAGUUUCUCGAGGAUUUGCAGAUGUCGCGCGGUUCACUGGUAAACAACAACCAGCCGCCAGGUUGCAGCUUCAGUCCCACGCCGCCGCCGUUUCGCAUUGGCAGUGCACCGCCCAAGCCGCGGCCCAGCAAUCCGGACAAGUUCACGCCCGAGGAGCUGGCGGCCAUGGACCAGAUGACGCCACCAUCGACGGCACCGGCCCGCGAGACGGCCACGUGCAGCAGUGCCAGCCUCAAGGGCGCCACAUCGAACGCCUCGCUGGACCGGGAGAAGAACACCAAGCUCAAGAAAAUCACGUUCUCCAACAGCGCCAGCCUGGAGGCGCCCUCACCGCCAGCCAUGUCGGCUGUGGUCUGUCCGAUGCGCGCCAAGUCACCGCCGAUGGCAGUGGCCACGGCGCCGCCAGUGGUGCCGGUCCAGGCCAGCACCAGCCAUGGCAAUCGACCAGGCUCCAGGGAUUCGGUGUCAUCCAUUUCGCUGCACUCACCGCCCCCCCAUCGUGCCCAGUCAGCGCCAGCCAGACCCCAUUCCAUGUCGAAGGCAGCGCGAAAGGCCUUCCUGGCAGCCAAGCAAACCAAGGCCAUGGAGAAGCUGGACAAGAUGAUCGAGGAAGUGCACGAGGUGGAGUCGCAGUCGGUGGUCAAGGCGGCCAACAUGCGGCUGGCCAUCUUUGGACAUGAUGGCGGUGGAGGAGGAGGGGGAGAUGGCAAUCUGGCCGCUGGUGGUGGUUGUCCGCUGUUCCUGCCACCGCCACCGCCACAGCCACAGCAGCGCCUAAUGGCUGGCUCCAUAUCAGAUUCGAGCAUCUGUAAUCAUGGGCACAGCCAUGCACCCAGCUGCAAUCACAUGGAGCCAAAGAUGAGCAACAGUCAGAGUUUCCAGCACAGUCCCCGAGGCGGCAUCAGCCAUCAGUGCUGCAGUGGGUUUGGUCAUGGCAAUGGCAGGCACUCGCAUCGCAUGCACUCGAAUGCCUGUCGGAUUCUGUAGAGGAGCAGCAGCAGCAGUACCUGGGAGUCCCCCGGAGUCGCAACUUCACAUUCAUAUCAUGUAUACUAUUCUGAUUCUGAUUAUAAUUCCGUUUUCUGCUCAAUGUUGCCGCGCGCGUGCUUUGGUGACGGAAUAGUUGGCAAUUAUUAGGGUUUAGUUAGUUGUUGAUACUCAUAGGAUAUAGCACCCCCACCCCCCACCCCCACUGUAGCUAGUCAAACACAGGGCUUUAACACUUGGCAGCUCCAUGUCUAAAUAUGCUAAAGAAAACUGUAUAAAUUGUUAUAGUACCUAUAUACAUAUUUCU